ACUGCUUGUGAUAGAGGCAUAGCUUAUAUUUUCCAAACUGGCGUAACCCCUGUUGCUAUGUCUGAAUUUACCUCGGGGUUUAAUAUUUCAACAGAUUUAGCGUUAAGCGAAGAAUUUUGGGACUUAUAUGGAUUCAAGCAGUCAGAAGUUGAACUUCUUUUGGACAAUGCUCUUAGAAAUAAUCUACCAUCUGAUGUUAAGAAGGGGAUAGUAAAAUGGUUAAAAGAGGAAAAUGACGGAUAUUUUUUUAAUCCUAAUCAAGCUGAGGAUUCUUCAAACAUCAUCAAGAAAUUUCUUCGUUUCCCCCCUGAUCCAAACACAUUGCCUUCUCAAACAAUAUUGGAAUUAAUUGGCAACAAUUCCCUUGGCAAAUCUAUCCUUACUGAAGCACUCAACCGAAGUCCUCUCGAAUCAAGAAAUGAGGAAACUUUACUUAAGCCAUUGAAGGACAAUAGUAUUAAGCAUUCAAAUGAAGAGGCCUUGAAACAAUCUUUUAUAGACACUUUAAUUCUCACUCUUCACGCAAACAUUGAACCAGAGUUUCAGGUAAAUUCUCAGAACUCUAAUUUAGCAAUCGAAUUUGAUAAUAUUAGGAUGGAAUACAUUAACCUAAAUGGAGCUCAAGUAUCACGAUCAUUGAUGAUGAAAUUAGAGGAUGAAAUUUUAAGCCUUGAAAUUAGUGAUCCAUACCGACCAGAUCAAAAAACAGUUCAUGAAGCUUUGGAAUAG